GUUGUUGUUUGGUUUUGUUUCGCUCCAUUUACGAACUCAAAAAGGAAACGUCGGGGCCCACGCCUACAAAAUAUAAGUGAAUUUAACGUUGUCAAAGCCUGUCAAAUGACUGACUGCACGGGGACGCCGUGAGGUCGGCACGCAGGCAGCCUCGGUCCAGAGCAUGACACCGCGACGACAAUGGAGGAAGCCACUCGGAUUUUGAAAGAUCGACUUCAGUUGGACAUCGACGCCAACAUUUGCACGGAUCUAUCCGCGAAGAAGAGAGACCUUCACCAAAAGGUAUUUGUGAACAGAAGUCUAACACUGGAAAAAGUCAAAUGCUAUGGCUUCGAUAUGGACUACACCCUGGCAACAUAUAAGUCCCCUGACUAUGAGGGCCUGGGCUUUGAGCUGAUAAGAGACAGGCUAGUGUCCAUUGGUUAUCCUCAUGAGCUACUCCGCUACACAUACGAUCCUAGUUUUCCCACACGCGGUUUAGUGUUUGACACCAGUUAUGGGAAUCUGUUGAAGGUGGAUUCAAAUGGAAAUAUUCUAGUCUGCACUCAUGGCUUCACCUUCCUCAAAAGGCAUGAAAUUCAGGGCUACUACCCCAACAUGUUCAUUCAGCGAGAUGACACUGAGCGUUUCUACAUUCUUAAUACUCUCUUUAACCUCUCUGAGACCUAUCUCUAUGCUUGCCUUGUGGACCUCUUCAGCAGAUGCAGCAGAUACACAAACCUGCUGAAAGGCUUCCAGCAUGGGGACUUGUUUAUGUCCUUCCGAAGUAUGUUUCAGGAUGUUCGAGAUGCAAUGGACUUCAUUCAUGACACGGGCAGUCUGAAAGAGAGAACGACUAAGAAUUUGGAGAAAUAUGUUGCCAAACUUCCAAAUUUACCUGUACUCCUGAACCAGAUUAAAGAGGUGGCCAAGGUCUUCCUUGCCACCAACAGUGACUUCAUCUACACUGAGGCCAUCAUGAAAUAUCUGCUUGAAAGUGGUCCAAAGUCUGGUGGCCCAAAAAGGUCAUGGCGCUCUUUCUUUGACCUCGUUGUCGUGGAUACGAGGAAACCACUGUUUUUUGCGGAGGGUACCGUGCUUAGACAAGUGGACACGGACACAGGCAAGCUCCGGAUCGGGACUUACACUGGAGACCUCCAGCACGGGACCGUCUACUCUGGAGGUUCCUCAGAUAUUAUCUGUGAUCUGCUGGAUGUGAAGGGUAAAGACAUCCUGUAUGUUGGAGACCACAUCUUUGGGGACAUCCUCAAAUCUAAGAAGCGCCAGGGCUGGAAGACCUUUCUGGUGGUACCAGAGCUUGCCAAGGAGCUGCAAGUGUGGAGAGAGAAGAAACAUCUGUUUGAAGAGCUUAAGAACAUUGAUGUCGUCUUAGCAGAAAUUCGCAAGCAUCUUGACAGUGGUACCACAACAAGUCCUGACAUCAGUGCCAUUGAGACCCGGAGAAAGGUGGUGACUCAAAGGAUGGACAUGUCCUACGGUCAGAUGGGCAGCCUUCUGCGCAGUGGCUCCAGACAGACGCUGUUCGCCAGUCAGCUGAUGCGCUACGCAGACAUUUACUCUUCCUCCUGCAUCAACCUGCUGCACUACCCAUUCAACUACCUGUUCAUGGCCCCACCCGUCCUAAUGCCCCAUGAGGCCUUCUUGGAUCCCCACUCUGCUGACUUUGCUUCAGCAGAGCUCGCCGUCAGUAAUCAUGCCCACACGACAAAAAAGGCCUUGGUUUGAUUAUCAGCAUGACAGCGUACAGUAAUAAAAUGUUCGCGGCCUUGUUCAAACUGUUUGUGGAAUAUACGUUACAAUGGACAUUGUAAGUAUUCUAAGUAUUUUUCUCAAUUUCUCCUCUCUUGCUUUGCUGAAGACAAGUGACCAAGACAAUGCAGAAGACAUUGUGGACAUGUGAAGAUGCUGCAUUUAUAAGUGAUAUGUGCUAUGCUUAUUUCAGGACGUUUGUCCUGAUGCAAAUGGCUUGUUGUGGAAAUGCAAAUGCUAAGCGUCUUUUGUUCUUGCAGCUUGUCUGGUGGAUGCUAGCUUUAUUUAGGCAAAAUGUAAAGUGGACAUUGUGCCACAUGCUGAAUAUGUGUUGCUUUGCCAUGUAACGUUUGCCAAGUCGACCCACUGUUGCAGAAUAUUUUCAGAAUAUAUGACUGGAAACAGGUUCCGGGUUACUGUAUAUAGGGGUGAAAGUGUGUGCUAGUCUGUUUAAAAUGGUCAUUCACAUCUAAUGACACACUUUUGAUCUAAUGAUUGUGUAAUGGUUUUCCCAUGUGUUAACAUUAUUUAUUGGAUGUUUAAGUAAGUUGGCCCAACUUCUUUUGAUUCAUUUGAAUAAAUCCUUUAUAUUCAUUCCAGUGCUGUCUUUGUUGAAUGGAAUAUAUAGGGAUACUUAAUUGGUGUUUUAAAUGGGCAUGCUUAUAUGAUGUUUUGAAUUUCAGUAAUUUCAACAAUUUAUGAACUAAAGGGGCUGUGAUUACUACUUGAAAAGUUAAAAUAAGCAAUAGCAUACUGCAGUACACAUCUUGUCCAUUAGAUGGCAUUAAAUUUCCACUCAGCAACUAUGGAUAAAGAAACCAAAUGAAAGAGCCUGGGUUAGUUCUCAUCCAGUGGAGCCGGGGGGGUGGGUAUCAGUUGCUGAAAACACAUUAAACAUAUAUAAGACAUGUUCAUUCUCAAUUAUAAACUGCCCCUUUUGGUGUUCAGGCUAAAAUUGGUACAUUUGCUUGUUUAUAGCCCAUUAAUAUGCUUAUUCAUAGGCUAUACAUAGGCUGUUAAAGCCCGCUGACACAAAUGUGUAAUAUGUGAUAUUGGGCUAUACAAAUAGAAUUUACUUGACUCAUUCACAAAAGUUUCACUGUUCUCGUCCCAAAACAAAACGAAAAUAUACAGGCUCAUGAAUAAUUACAGACGGUAUGCCUUAUAUCACACAUGAACAGUACUCUCUCGCUCUCUCGCACACACACACACACACACACACACACACACACACACACACACACACACACACACACACACACACAGAGCGAGAGAGAGAGAGACCCUUCAGUGUGUCUCCAUCUCUGCCUUUACUCUCCCAUCUUCUACAACUCAAAAUUCAAAUUAGUUUUAUUGAAACUGCAUAAAUAAUUACAGGCGGUAUGCCUUAUAUAUACAUUAUAUAUAUAUAUAAGGCAUAUAUAGUAUAGUUUGUACUCCAGCUCUUUUUUUAACUUGUUUUUAGCUUUUGGUCUUCAUGUGUGUAUAUCUUAUAUUGUGUUUGCUGUGUUUGACUGUGUUUGUCUUGCACUGUUUGGUGAAGCCACAGCCCUCAUUUCAUUUUUAACAUGUG